AUGUCAUCAAUGGGACGCACAGUUGCUUUUGUCGUUGAGGGCCGCGAGAUCCACGUUGGGUUCGACGUACUCGUCAAGACGUGCCCCUUUUUUGAUGACUUCUUCCAGCAUGACCCUUCAUGCGAGCGGAUUGUCCUCUGCCGCGCUGCGUACGUUGCCGUGGAUGCUGUGCUGCAGAGCUUUGUUACUCGCGACAAAAAGUUACUCGAAGCUCUUUGGAACUACAAAGGAACGGCAAAGGUUCCCCAGUUGCUUUCAGUACUAGACGUAGGUAUGCACUUCGGCGUGAGUCACGAUGUGCUCCAACGCACCGCUGAGGCGCUGGCGAAACGCAUCACCCCCGACAAUGUCAUACGUGUGCUGCGAUCGUGCUUCCGCUACUAUCGCAGCAAUAACUCUGACACACAGCCGCAUUUGCGGGUGUUGAAAGAAGCGUGCCGCUGUGCGUUGGUAACGGCGCUCCGCGAUGAAAAAAACGUUGCUGACUGGAAAGCUCUCCAGGUGCAGCACGGUGACACUCUGGCGGAGUUCAUUCCACGCUCUCCAGUGGACGCGCUAUCGAGCAGCCGGGCUCCGCCGUUGACCGAGUCCCCGCACAACGUGCAGGAGCUGACGGAGGCAAGUUUACGGCUCUCGGAGCUGCAGCGGCUUGCGAAGGAUUCCCCACUUGAGGCGGAGACUGCGGAGCCUGAGCCGCUCCACGAGUCACUGCGUGCUGCUCUAGAGGUUCAGCAGCGUGCCAUUGAGGAGGCCGAGGUUGAACACCUUGCGACGAGGCGGGAACUAGGGGAACUGCGGCGUCUUUGCACUGAUGCCACUACCGAGAUAGAGGAUAACGAGGACUUUGUGCGACAAAGUCAACUUUACGUGCGGGCUGCGGAAGAGGCGGUGAUGGACAUUGAUGCGCGGCUCUUCUCUAUCGCAGCAGCGUCACGUGAGCCAGACGUUUUCCGCCGCUCGCUGCUUCUCUUCGCAGAGUCGAAUGAACGUGAGCGGCUGCGUCUGGAUGCGGCAAUUGCGUUGGAGGAGUCUCGGCUGCGUGCAGUGCAGCAACAAGUAAGAGCGAUGGAAACAUCGAUACAAAGCCUUAACGAAGACUUGAAUCGUACCCAUAUAACGAUAUCAGAAAAAAAGUUAACCGACGUGCGGCUGAGGAACAUCAUACCGCGAUGA